AUGGAGAGUUAUCCAGAUAUUACCCGCCGAAGUGAGCAGGAAUCGGAGUUCGACUCCGAACCUGAGGGCCAUGUGGCCGGUCCCACCUUGAGCGACGAAGUGGAUUCAGAAGGCGAUAUCGAAGGCCUUGAAUCCGACAAAGAUGAUGCAGUCGCCGAAGAGGGAUCUUCAAAACGCGUCGCCAAAGCAGGCUCAAAAGAUGGACAGGUCCUCGAACGUGUGAAAUAUCACAUUGAAACUAUGCCCCCUGAGGUGCUUCGUGGGACUUAUACCGUCAUGCCAAUCCCUAAGCCCAAGCGCGGUCUUGAUCAAUCCCUACCGCCUAUUAGCAGAAUCGAAGAUAUCUUCGAUGAUCUCGUUGCUAAGGCUGAAAAGAAUGGCUUUGACAGCUUUCUGAGCCAUAUCGGAAGUCGAGAGCUGCGGGUUGCGACGAUGUGCUCUGGCACGGAAGCCCCUCUCCUUGCGUUAAACAUGAUUGCUGAUAGCUUCAAACGGCUGUUCGGUAGAUCAUUCCAUUUGCACCAUUUGUUCAGCGCGGAGAUCGAGCCAUUCAAGCAGUCCUACAUCCAGAGAAAUUUCUCACCGGCCAUUCUCUUCAGGGAUGUUAAUGAGCUUGUCAACGACGAAGCCACCACCGCUUUCGGAUCGAUGCGCAAGGUUCCAACCAACCUCGAUCUUCUGGUUGCCGGUUUCUCCUGCGUUGAUUUCUCGCAAUUAAACGCACACAAGAAGUCUCUAGAAGACAUGGGUGAAUCAGGUCACACUUUCUUCCCCAUUCUUCAAUACGUAAAGCGCUGCAGACCGCCGCUGGUUAUUCUCGAGAAUGUUCAUAGUGCUCCUUGGGCAAAAAUUAUGGAGAUCUACCAAAAGAUUGACUACAACGCAUACCAUGCGUUCAUUGACACAAAAAACUUUUACCUUCCACAGACCCGAGAAAGAGGCUAUUUACUUUGCAUUGACCAGAGAAAACUUGAAACGGAACCACCCACAAAAAAAGGUGCAAAGACAUCAUUACUUGCUCGAAUGAUGAAAAGCUUCCAACGUCCAGCGAGCUCCCCCGUCACGCAUUUUCUACUUAAGCACGACGAUCCUCGCCUGCGUGUUGGAAUUAAUGAUAUAUCUGUCCAUGUGGGGAAAGAUCGCCAAGCGGUCGACUGGACACGAUACAAGGCCCGCCAUCUUGGGUACAGAAUGGAGAAUGGGCUGGGGGAUAAACGGCCUCUUACGAGAUGGCAGGACAAUGGCACUUGUCAAAUGCCGGAUUUCUAUUGGCAUGGCUGGACGAAAACCCAGACGGAGCGAGUUUGGGAUACUCUUGACGUCAACUUCUUGCGAGCCAUAGUGCGUAAAUCGGAUUUCAUGUCAAAGUGCCGUGUGAUCGACCUUUCGCAGGGCUUGGAUCGAGAACUUGAUCAGCGCGCUUCCGGUAUAUCAGGUUGUUUGACCCCUCGUGGCCAACACUUUAUCAGCACGCGUGGCGGACCACUUCUCGGUAUAGAAGCUUUAGCUCUCCAGGGCAUUCCCACCGACAGACUAUUGCUGAGUAGUGAAAGCCAGCGUGAUCUUCAUGACCUGGCGGGGAACGCGAUGAGCUCACCUGUGGUUGGCGCAGCAAUUCUAUGUGCGUUAAUAGCGGGACACAAGGCGUUGCUACCCGGCCCGCCUCGUGUACACGAACCUGAGACACCACAUUGUGUCUCACUUCCACAUUCUGUGCGUCAAAAUUGUCCGAUGCGCGAUGUUUCUGUAGAGCUAUCUGCAAUCGCAUCGGAGCCGAUAAAGGAUCUUCUUUCUAAGGGGCAUCGAAGCUGCAGACUUUGUUUUUGUGAGGGACAAAGUGGAACCAGAAGGAGAGACAUGCUCAAAUGCUCCAAGUGCAACCACACAGCGUGCGUCAGGUGUGGUCGGAAUCCGAGUCAUGUCUAUGAACCAAUUCCAGAAAAGCAGUUAGCUGUACGAAUCGCUCCAAUUGACUUUGAGAUCUACAUCAAAAUGAACUUCCCAAUGCGUUUGCAACUGAAGGGCCUUACCCAGGAAUUAUUCGAACAGUUCCGAGAGCCGUGGACAUCGAAGGAAGUCCUGUCUGCUUGGAAAGCUUUUAUGGGCACCGUAAGCCUCGCUCUCGGGGAGGAACUACGAUUCAGCGGUAUCAGCCGACAGCGUUCAUGGACUGUCACGUACGAAGGAACUCAUUCGUUGCUAAAACUGGUAUGUUCGUCGACAAGUGCUGAAUGGCUCUUCUUUGCGUUACCCGGCAAACAUGAACCCAGCAAUUCUCCUCUACGCCAGAUCCUUUCGCACCCUAUAGCCCGUAUGGCCCCGUCUAACUCGCUCCUUAAUGGCGAGUGGCAUGUCGCCGCCCCAAUUAGUUCUGACUGUUCCCUUUUCAUUACUGGCUGUGGGCCUCACGUCGAUUCGCUGGGUGCGAGAGUUGGCCUGACUGACAAAGAAUUCCGAGACAAGAAGGUCUGGAGCCGCCUUGACAUCGAUUGCAGUGAUGAAGUCAUCUCCAGCCUAGGCAUUGAAAUACGAGGUCAGUACGAGCUUUUGCAAGAUUGCGGUGGACCUUUCGGUAGUCUUCACAAAAAAAUAUCUGGUGGUUCUGAGCAGCCCCUUUUUUUCUUUGUUGACCCGACUGAACUCGGUCCCGAACAACUGGAUUCUUGGGUGUUAGCCACUGACUACACUCGAUUAGAUCUCGGCCAGACGCGAGAAGUUAUCGCUCAACUACAGCCAGACUGGGAUGCGUUUGAAUUAGGACAAGAAUCUCAGACCGUCAAAGCCUGGUUCCGCAGGUGGAUCAAAUCCCCAAACACAUCCCUGAGUGCUUAUCUUCCUUCGGCUUCUCCUAUUUACCACAUACUAGACCACGAUGGUAUGUAUGGGAUCUGCCGAUUCAACUGCCAAGAUGCGUAUGCUCCCAUUUUCAACUGUUCAGUUCCUGCCACUUCUGAAGAAUUAAAUUGGAGUCCCGGCGCUUGGAAAUGUUCAAACCUCAUGGAAUCUCCGAUAUUUCUUCGGAAAUUUGCGUGGCUGUUAACAAAAGCCGUCUCUGUUGAUCAGUUUUCUGAGUGGAUACCGGUGGAUCUUGCACGACUUGGCUCCCGGUUGGAUUGCUUGCUCUGUGCUCCAUUGAAGCCGCGACUAACCUGGGCCCUAAAUGAAAAGGACCGGAUUUGCGCAUUCGAGCACCCUGAGGAUGCAACUGCCUACGAACGAAGUGUCAAAAAUCGCCCAGCGCCAUUUCUUGGAUUCGCCUCCCUGAGUGAGGACUCAUAUUUGCAGUUGCGGAUCUGUUUGAAUUUUCUUACUCUUCUCCAUCAAGCAAUUGGAAAUCUGCCUCGCGCCUCUACGGAGCCGUCGUUAAACUGGCGUUUGUGCAUUGAUAUAGCAGGAUUCGUACGUCAACGACUUCCAAAGCUUGUCGAAACAAACAAUAAAGAUGACGUUGAAAAUAUCCAGCCACCCGGCUUUAAAAAGUACAGCCUCCGGCCAGAACAGCUGCGAUCCUUGACCUGGAUGCGGGCACAGGAAAGCCCAGAGCUUCAGCCUUUCGAAGAAGAAGAAGUAGUCGAAGCGUUGCUGCCGGUAAUCAACUGGCGUGCGGAAGGCAAAGCUACCGUUGAAAAGCUAGUGCGAGGCGGAAUUUUGGGCGAUGAUGUCGGAUAUGGCAAAACGGCAAUUUCGCUUGGUUUGAUUGACGCACAGUUUGAAAAUGACUUGAGAACUGUUCCUGACAGCCGAGAUGGACCAAUCGCCAUCAAGGCAACUUUGAUUGUUGUUCCAUAUCACUUGUUUGAUCAGUGGCUGAGGGAGAUUGACAAGUUUUUGGGCUCGAAAUAUCGCGUACUGCAAAUCAAGACUAUCGUUGCACUUCGUCCUUUAGAUAUUACAGAGAUCGAGAAGGCAGAUAUUGUAUUGACAUCUGCGUCAAUCUUCCGGGGUGUUCAUUAUUACGAGCUAAUGCGACUGUUUGGUGCCGUACCUGAAGUCCCAAAGGCAGAGGGACGUGUUUUCGACGAGUGGCUCCGAGAUGCUGUGAAUGGUAUUCACAAUCAUCUACGUCUCUUGCGGACCCAAGGGGGACUUGACGUGCUCGGUAGUAUCAAGGAGAAGAAUGUCCAGCUGCGAAUUGACGCUAUAUUUUCGAAGUACAAUCCAUCGAAAAGGCUUAAGGGCCAAAAGCUCCAGGAUCACAUGGCAAAGAAAAGUAAAAUGGAUGCAGAAGACAGGUCAAAGGCAACAAACAUUCAAGGUGAGGACGAGGGGUCCACGAAAGCCUCCACCCCAGUACCUGCUCCUAAGGCUGGAAAACGAAAAAGACAGGAUGACGAAAAUAAACCCAGUGCAGAUGCUGGCCCAGGUUCCAGACAAGGCCAGCAGCCCAAAAAGGUGAAAGCGGAGCCCGCAGUUGACAGCCAAGGUGACGCCGAAGCAGCUGACAAGGCGUUCCAUCUUCAAGACGCCAAAUACGACUGGAAACGCGUCCGCUGUCCUUUCGUUCACAUGUUUGAAUUCAACCGCUUAGUCAUUGAUGAAUUCACUUACUCGAAAGAAAGGACUUACUCUACCGUGCUUGCGAUUCCUGCAAGAAGCAAAUGGAUCCUCUCUGGCACGCCCCCUUUGAAUGACUUCGCUGAUGUGAAAUCCUUCUCUCCAUUCCUUGGAAUCAAUCUAGGAAUCGAUGAGGACGACUGCAGGCGAACAGAUAACGAAAGACUGAGGGCAAUUCAGAGAGACAGAACAGAAGUUGAACAAUUCCAACCUUUCAUUACGCGUCGCAGUGCUGCGUGGCAUAAAAGACGACACGAUAUGGCUCAAAAUUUUCUUGACAGAUUUAUGAGAAAGAACGAACCAGAAAUUGGCGAGAUUCCUUUUACCGAGCAUAUUUGCGAAGUAGUCCUUUCUCCCGCCGAACGCGCGCUCUACAUUGAACUGUUCGUACAGGUUAUGUCCCAGAAUCUGAGGACUCGGAAACAAGGACGAGGGUUAUAUGAUACCGCUGAAGUGGCUCGAUUAAACCAGAUCAUAGGCGAUAGCGACAGCCCCGAAGAAGCACUUGUGAAGCGAUGUUCCCUGUUUUCUCUCGAGGAUAUCUUUGUUUAUGACGAUAGAGCUCCAGCCAAUAGUGCAGCAGCUGUCCCAGAUCAAAAGAAACUGGGCACCGGCAAUACCAUUUUAGAUGUCCGCUACAAAGAACUAAGGGAUCUAGCAGCUGAUCUGCAAACGAAAUUCAGACAAGCACUUUGGCUGAGAUCCAAGCUAGAUGACGAUGUGAGGAACCACUUCGAUAAGACUCUAAACCUCAUCGAGACGAAUAUUGGGGCUGGUGAGUUGGGAGAUAAUUUGGUGAGAAGAAUAAUUCGGAAAUGUCUUGACUUUGCGAAGGUCAACUCAAAGGAAUCAGAUGGAGAAAGCUUUUAUGUUGCUUCGAAGAAAAAGGACUCCAGAGAAAGCCGACCGGAAUUCCCAGCUACCGAGAAAGCUACCGUCCAAGAUCUAAACAACUGUAAUGACAGUAUUCGUCGACUCAUCGCCGAGACUCGUACUCGAACCCGAGCUUCGAGAGUCUUUCAGGCCGUUCGAUAUUUCCAAACGUCGGCCCACAAUGCUGCCUACUACUGCCAUUGCUGCUGUAAAACAGAGUAUGACCGAAAUCUGAUAUAUAUUUUGGGCGAGUGCGGUCACAGUUUAUGCGGAGCAUGCCUUAUUUUGCGGAGAAGAAAAGGCGACUGCAAGUGUGAUGGUUGCACUGCAACUCUGGAAGGGUAUAGAGUCAUUCCUGGCGGCGACUUUAAAGGGGAAGUACCUCAAUCGCCGGAUGAUUCCUGGACUGAAUUUGGAGGAAGCAAGAUCGGCGAGCUAGUCAAGCUUCUUCAGGACACAAGCAGAAUUCCGGAAGACGACCAGGUUUUAAUUUUCAUUCAGUUCACGGAUUUAGUAACAGCAGUGUCUAAAGCUCUGGGAAAGGCGGGUAUCCGGCACAUCACCAUCAUAGCAAACGACCGUUCUGCAGGAAAAUCUUUGGCCGAUUUUCAAAAUGGAACAGAGGAGGUUAAAAGCAAGGCCCUUAUACUCGCUCUCGGAGACGUUACAGCGUCAGGCUUAAACCUCCAAGCUGCAAACCAUAUCGUCUUCUUUCACCCGCUGAUCGCUCGAUCACAGUAUGAUUAUGAGUCCGGCAUGUCCCAAGCCAUGGGAAGAUCUCGCAGAUAUGGGCAGCAAAAACAUGUGCACAUCUACCAUUUUUUGGCGUUAAAGACAGUUGAAGUAAAUAUCUUCGAGCGCCGCAGGCGAGAAUGCUUGGUGAAGCGAGAUAAGAUAUUCGUUUCUCUUCUGAAAAAUGAGAUCCAGGACGCUGAUGCGGCCGACUGGAGAGGCUAUCCUUUGGAGGGCAGUAAUGCUGCGCUUUUCGACGACGGAAUUGAUGAAGGAAUUGAUGAAGAAUAAGAAGAUUGGAUCAUGAUGCGAUUCUUUUUUUUCUUUUGUUCCCUGGCUUUAAUCUUGCAGUCGGUUUCUCUAGAAGCUUCAAAGGCUUUUGCCCUACGGAAGCAAGUCGUUUUGAUAGUUUCAAAUACAAUUGCUACGGUCGAUUACCUUCA